CUCGAAACUCCACCACCUCUUACUUUCAUCUGUUUGCGAUUUGUGCGACAAGUUUUCAUAGUUUGCAUUCUCGGCGAUAGCACUGAAUACCAGUUUGAGUCCAUUGGGAAGUUCGGUUCUGUUCUCCAGUUCUUCAUUGAGUUAUAGUUAUUGUUACAGAAGUGAAUUGAUUGAUAGAUAACAUCAAUUCAGUAAUAUGUCGGCGAGAAGUACGAAAUAUGUUUACCGUCAGUCCUCAGGUCAUGGGGGAGACCUGUCCAUUGAAUACGGAACUGAUUUGGGAGCUCUUACUCGCCUCGAGGACAAAAUACGUCUUCUUUCCGAAGACUUGGAGACCGAGAGAGAGAUGAGACAAAGAAUCGAAAGGGAGCGCUCGGAUCUUACCGUCCAAUUGAUUGGAUUGACUGAACGUCUUGAAGAAGCGGAGGGUUCGAGUGAGAGUGUGGUGGAAAUGAACAAAAAACGGGACUCAGAAUUGGCUAAACUUCGAAAACUCUUAGAAGACGUGCAUUUGGAAAGCGAAGAGACGGCACACCAUCUCCGACAGAAACAUCAGGCGGCUAUCGCUGAGAUGCAGGACCAAAUGGAUCAGUUGCAGAAAUCCAAGAAUAAAGUGGAUAAAGAGAAACAAAAGGUGCAGGCAGAAGUGUUUGAGUUGUUGGCGCAGAUAGAGAACGCUAACAAAGAUAAGUUGGUGGCCCUCAAGACGGUCGAGAAGCUCGAGUACACCGUUCAUGAGCUCAAUAUUCGCAUCGAAGAGAUCAGUCGCACCGUCACUGAAGUGUCGGCUCAGAGACAACGCCUGAGUAUUGAAAACUCGGAACUAAUCAAAGAGAUUCACGAAUACAAAGUAUCUCUCGAUAAUGUCAAUCACUUGAAGUCACAGUUGGCUCAACAGCUCGAAGACACUCGCCAUCGAUUGGAAGACGAAGAGAGGAAACGCGCGACCCUUGAGAACCACGCGCACACUCUUGAGGUUGAAUUGGAGUCAUUGAAAGUGCAACUCGAAGAGGAAUCCGAAGCACGCCUUGAAUUGGAGAGACAACUGACAAAAGCCAACGCAGACGCGGCCGCCUGGAAGUCCAAAUACGAGGCCGAACUUCAGGCACACGCCGAUGAGGUCGAAGAACUUCGUCGCAAAAUGGCUCAAAAGAUCUCUGAAUACGAGGAACAAUUGGAGGCCUUAUUGAACAAAUGCUCUUCACUUGAGAAACAGAAGUCUAGACUCCAGAGCGAAGUCGAGGUAUUGAUUAUGGACUUAGAGAAGGCCACGACUCACGCACAACAGCUCGAGAAGAGAUGCGCUCAACUCGAGAAGUUGAACCUCGACCUGAAGAUCAAGUUGGAGGAGGUGACAGUGCUAAUGGAGCAAGCUCAGAGGGAUGCCCGACAGAAGGCCGCCGAACUCCAGAAACUACAGCACGAGUACGAGAAACUGCGCGAUCAGAAGGAGGCGCUCGCCCGCGAGAACAAGAAACUUACGGACGACUUGAACGAAGCGAAGUCUCAGUUGAAUGACGCGCACCGAAGAAUCCAUGAAAUGGAGAUCGAAAUCAAACGCCUGGAGAACGAGAGGGAGGAGUUGGCGGCCGCUUAUAAGGAGGCCGAGACCCUGAGGAAACAGGCAGAGGAUAAGGCACAACGACUGGCCGCUGAGUUGGCUCAAGUGAGACACGACUACGAGAAACGUCUGCAACAGAAGGAGGAGGAGCUCGAGGCUCUGAGAAAGCAGUUCCAGAUAGAAGUGGAACAGUUGAACAUGAGAUUGGCUGAGGCGGAGGCGAAGCUCAAGACUGAAGUGGCCAGAAUCAAGAAGAAGAUGCAAGCUCAGAUCACUGAACUCGAGAUGUCUUUGGAUGCGGCAAACAAACAAAACCUCGACUUACAGAAGACCAUCAAACGACAGGCGCUUCAAAUCACUGAACUCCAAGCGCAUUACGAUGAGGUGCACCGACAGCUACAACAGGCGGUCGACCAGUUGGGUGUCGCCCAACGCCGCUGUCAGGCAUUGCAGGCAGAGCUGGACGAACAGCGCGUGGCUCUCGAACAGGCGCUGAGAGCCAAACGUAUCGCUGAAGUCCAGUUCGAGGAGGCGAUGGCCAAAGUGAACGAAUUGACUACAAUUAACGUCAAUCUCGCGUCGGCUAAGAGUAAACUCGAGGCAGAGUUCUCUGCUCUUCAGAACGAUUACGACGAAGUCCACAAAGAAUUGAGGAUUUCGGACGAAAGAGUCCAGAAGUUGACGAUUGAGUUGAAAUCAACUCGAGAUCUGUUGACUGAAGAACAGGAACGACUCGUCAAAUUGGAUACUAUUAAGAAGUCACUGGAGAAUGAGGUGCGAAGUCUGCACAUCCGUAUCGAGGAGGUCGAGGCCAACGCCUUAGCCGGUGGUAAGCGAGUGAUCGCUAAACUCGAGUCCAGAAUCAGAGACGUCGAGAUCGAAGUGGAAGAAGAGAAGCGCAGACACGCGGAGACCGAGAAGAUUCUGCGGAAGAAAGACCAUCGCGUGAAGGAAUUGUCACUUCAGUCCGAAGAAGACCACAAGACUGUCUCUCUGUUGCAGGAGAACUGCGAUAAACUUAACGAAAAGGUUAAGGUCUACAAGAGACAAAUGCAGGAACAGGAGGGUGUGAGCUCUCAGAACCUGACUCGAGUGCGUCGAUUCCAGCGCGAGUUGGAAGCGGCCGAAGAUCGCGCGGAUCAGGCGGAGAGUAAUCUAUCUUUUAUUAGAGCCAAACACAGGUCAUGGGUGACGACCAGUACCGUCCCGGGCGGCACUCGUCAGGUGUUUGUCACUCAAGAAGAAACACAAAACUUUUAAAUUUCAAGAUUUAUUGUUAUAAACAACUAAAUAAAAUAGAUUUGGGAAACACUUUUGGGAUACCUUUCAAUUAAUUAUAGCUUAAUAUUGAAAUAUAAUUUACAUUCAAAUAAUAUCGUAAAAGUCCAAUAUAUUAUUAAUUUAAUUACACAAAAAAGCUGCCAUUUUUUGAACAGUUUAACUAAAAAAAUUAUUUUUGUUUCACUGCUGUCCAGAAUGUUAUUAUUCUGCAUUCAACUCCAUUUCCUCAACCCUUUAAACCCGUCGAUACAAUGACUUGUAAUCAUGUUUUAAACUAAUUAUUAUAUUUAAAAAUGUUAUUUUCUGUUAAAUUUAUUUAUUAGUUGUUUAUUUCGUUGCGAUUGUUAUCUAAAUUUAUUUUGUCCGAUCUUUAUAUCCACUCAAUUAAAUCCGAUGCACUGGACGUAAUAUAAAUACAGGACUGGCCGGCCGGACAGCAUCAUUCCGCUAUGGCAUAAACACAUUAUGAAUUUCAGUGCAUUUCUAUUCAAUUCAAUUCAAUAUCAGAUUUAUUUCGAAUAAAAUUAUGCCAUUUAUUGAA